AUGCGGCGAGCUCGAAAUCAACGUCAUAGAAUCCAGUCCACCAAAAGCGACUGGAGCGGUCAAAAUCGAGGCCGUCGAAGCUGUGGGCGGCCGGAAGGGAAGAUAUCUGCUCUAUAUCGGGUAUGCACUGCCAGUAUCCUAUACGAGUACAAUCCAGCUAACUACCUCAUACCGUUCAGCUUGGUCCUGGUUAUGGUCAUCUUUGAACUGGACAACUCUACCGUAGGGACUUAUCGCAACUUCGCGACGUCCGACUUCAAACAUCUUUCCGUGCUGGCCACGCUCAACACUGCGGCUAGCAUUAUCACGGCAGUAAGUAAACCGCCCAUAGCCAAAGUCUCGGACGUCUUGGGGCGAGCCGAGGCAUACAUCUUUACCAUCACAUGCUACAUUCUGUCCUACAUUCUCUGUGCCUCGUCCAAAACGUUCAACAUCUAUGCGGGUGGUUACGUAUUCUAUUCCGUCGGCCAGGCCGGCACGGCCAUCCUCAACUCCACCGUCGUGUCGGACAUCUCGUCCAUGCGCUGGCGGGGCUUUGUCUACAACAUCCUGUACAUUCCCUUCUUGAUCACGCCAUGGGUGUCGGCAUUCAUCGUCGACAGUGUCGUUAAUGGCAUCGGCUGGCGCUGGGGUAUCGGCAUGUUCGCCAUCUUGAUGCCCUUCUGCGCCAGUUUCAUCAUUGUCACCCUUCUGGUUUUCGAACGACGGGCCAAACGCUCUGGCCUCAUCCUGACUGAGAGACUGAAUCUCUUCACUUUCUGUUCGCGCAUCGAUCUUGGCGGCAUCACCCUGCUGAGUGGCGGAUUUGCGUUGGUCCUGAUCCCCAUCACCCUGGCUGCCACGACAUCCGAUUGCUGGAAGACUCCGUGGGUCGUCGUCUUGAUAGUGCUUGGCGCCAUCGCUCUGGCCUGUUUAUAUCCGUACGAGAAAUACUUUGCCCGCCACCCGGUCGUCCCCACCCACUACUUCCGUACCUUGUCCGUUGUGGUCUCAAUGGCGUUGGCAUGCGUUGACAACAUCGGAUUUGGAACCACCCAGACCUACCUGUACGUCUGGUCCAUGGUGUCCCACAACUUCUCGCCCCGUGAUGCGCAGUUUCUCAACUACACCAACAGCGUCAUGCAGGCGUUGGUGGGGAUGGGCACCGGACUGCUCAUGUAUCGAUUACGGUCGUACAAAUGGAUCGGGGUGGUGGGCGCCGCCAUCCGAAUGGUCGGGUACGGAGUGAUGGUCCGUCUGCGCAAAAACGAGAGCUCCGUCGCGGAACUGUUCAUCGUGCAGCUGAUCCAGGGCGCUGGCAGCGGCAUGAUAGAAACGAUCGUCAUCGUCGCGGCACAGAUUUCUGUGUCUCAUGCCGAACUGGCGCAGGUUACGUCGCUCAUCCUGCUGGGAUCGUUCUUGGGCAAUGGGAUCGGCUCCGCGAUCGCUGGUGCCAUUUACUCCAAUCAACUGCGUGACCGGCUGCGUUUGCAUCUCGGACACAGUGUUGAUGAGGCCACCGUCGUCCGGUUGUACAACUCCAUUACGGAUACGUUGCCGACUUGGGGAACGGUGGAGCGAAAUGCGGUAAACCGAGCUUAUUCCGAUGUCAUGGGGUAUGUCUCUCGAGGUGGUUCAAUGAUGCAUGCUAACAAUCGCAGGUACAUCACCAUCGCCGCGCUGGCGCUGUCCGCUCCCGUCGUGAUCCUCUCUCUGUUGAUACCGAACAAGAGGCUCGGCGACGGACACAACCUGGUUCAAGACAACCAAAGCAACGAUUCACGAACCUCCGACGAAACCCUGGUGGACGAAAAGACCUGCACCCGAUAA